AUGACGGCGAAAUCUUUGUCAGAAGAUAAUGAACAAUCGUUUGAUAUGUUUCCUACAAAGAAUAUACCGAUACAUGUGCUCAAAUCAACAAGUGGAUGUCGUAUUAUGGCACUAUCACUUUUUAUUCUUAUUGUUAUUGGAGUUGUCGUUAUUUUUUACAAGGCAAACGAAAUCGCUCGAGGAGAUGAAGGGCGUGUGGAAAGUAAAUUAUUCGAUAGGAAUUUUCAAGAACAAGACGAACUUAUUCGAAAACGACGAUCGUCGGAUUGUUUCUCUAAGCAUGUUAAACAUCAUCGAUCGCGUAUGUUCAUCGUAUUUCUUUUUUCUAAGUUUUGAAUAUUUAUCGUCAAAGGUUCUAAAAACAAAAGAAAAACACACCCAAUACCGUCGAAA